GUCGUAAGGUCCAGCAUGGUCGGUCUCGGGGCCCAUAUCAUAUCAUUCGAGUCGGGGCUGUAGUAUGACCCCGACUGCACGCCGAACCCUACCUCCGGCGUCGGGCCGACCCCCUCCAGGAUAUCUUCCCCCCCCCCAAACUCACGGCCUGGAGGCUUGCUGUACCGUUUGACAAUAUCCAGUCCCUGGAGACCUCAGCUGCUGCCACGCCACAUCGUGGGGAAGGGUCAAUCCCGUCAUCAUGGCCGUCACCCAGCUUCCGGCCAACCUUCCUCGGACCCAAACCGCGAUCCUGCAAACCCACGGCGGAGCUCUCGAAAUCACCCACGCAGUUCCUUUGCCUCAUGUGCCUCCGGAUCGAAUGCUGGUGCGCGUCGUCGCUGUGGCUCUCAACCCGUGCGAUUACAAGAUGCCCCAUCAAUUCCCGUGCAAGGGAGUGGUGAACGGUACCGACUUCGCGGGGAUAAUCGUCGCCAUCGGACCCGCGGUGGCCGGGCUCGCAUCGCAGCCACGCUGGCAGAUUGGAGAUGCGGUUUUCGGAGCAUGCCAUGGAGCCAACGCCAUAGACCCGGAAUCGGGGUCAUUUGCCCAGUACGUCCGCGCGGAUCCAGAACUGCUUUUCAAGAAGCCCCCCGAUAUGGGGUGGGCGAAUGCGGCGGCCUUUGGUGCGAGUGGAAUUGCGACCAUUGGCCUCUCCCUCUUCUGGGGAGGCGGGAUGGGCCUGCAAGGCAGUCCCGAUGAGCCUGCGAUGGAGCCAGAGCAGGUUCUGGUCUAUGCGGGCAGUACUUCGGUGGGAACUUUGGCCAUACAGUUACUGCGAAUCUACGGCCAUAUCCCCCUGACCACUUGCUCGCCCGCAAAUUUCGACCUCGUGCGCUCGUACGGUGCCGAGAUGGUCUACGACUAUCGUUCGCCCACCUGUGCACAAGACAUCCUGGCCGAUACAGACAAUAACCUGGAACUGGCAUUAGAUCCUAUGACCGAAGCCAAGACACAACGCCUGUGCUAUCAGAGCAUCGGACGGGCCGGUGGCCGAUACAUUGCAUUGGAGGUGUGGCAGCCAAUGAACCACACACGACCCACGGUGGAUCCUACUUUCAUCAUGGGGUCCACCAUUAUUGGCAAGGAAAUUCCACUAGGAAACGGUUAUGGGAGCGAGGCUGAUCCGGACAAACGUCGUUUUGGGAUUGAGUACUAUCGCCAGGUUCAAAGGCUUUUUGAUAGCAACCGGCUCAAAUCCCACCCCAUUCGAGUUAUAGAGGGGGGUUGGCAGGGGGUCCUCAAUGGGUUAGAACUGCUGAAAUCGAGAAGUAUCUCGGCGCAAAAAUUGGUGGUUUUCCUGGGGGAUCCGUGA